UGGGCAUGGAAGCAUCAUAGCGAUGGGAGGCUCACCUACGCUGUUCUUCAUUCUGCAGUUCAUCUUUGGUGCUGCUGGCUGCGGAAACUGUUCGCAAGUGCCAUUAGCCGGUGCAUUCGCCACUGGACCUACAGCCUCGGAAGCGUCCAGCGAUGCCACUUCAACUGGAUUAGAGUGGCUGCAUUCCUGCCGGCACGACCAGCUUCAAGGUUUCCUGCCUUAUCUUGCUCUACCUCAACACGUGGCAGCUGCAGGAACAUCGACAGCCCCACCUACGCCCCGUUUAAAACCGAGUGCUGCGCAGUCGCCGCUCAAUGGGCAUGGAAGCAUCAUAGCGAUGGGAGGCUCACCUACGCUGUUCUUCAUUCUGCAGUUCAUCUUUGGUGCUGCUGGCUGCGGAAACUGUUCGCAAGUGCCAUUAGCCGGUGCAUUCGCCACUGGACCUACAGCCUCGGAAGCGUCCAGCGAUGCCACUUCAACUGGAUUAGAGUGGCUGCAUUCCUGCCGGCACGACCAGCUUCAAGGUUUCCUGCCUUAUCUUGCUCUACCUCAACACGUGGCAGCUGCAGGAACAUCGACAGCCCCACCUACGCCCCGUUUAAAACCGAGUGCUGCGCAGUCGCCGCUCAAUGGGCAUGGAAGCAUCAUAGCGAUGGGAGGCUCACCUACGCUGUUCUUCAUUCUGCAGUUCAUCUUUGGUGCUGCUGGCUGCGGAAACUGUUCGCAAGUGCCAUUAGCCGGUGCAUUCGCCACUGGACCUACAGCCUCGGAAGCGUCCAGCGAUGCCACUUCAACUGGAUUAGAGUGGCUGCAUUCCUGCCGGCACGACCAGCUUCAAGGUUUCCUGCCUUAUCUUGCUCUACCUCAACACGUGGCAGCUGCAGGAACAUCGACAGCCCCACCUACGCCCCGUUUAAAACCGAGUGCUGCGCAGUCGCCGCUCAAUGGGCAUGGAAGCAUCAUAGCGAUGGGAGGCUCACCUACGCUGUUCUUCAUUCUGCAGAUCUAGUACUAACGUCAUCAGAAACUGUCACGUCACCCGUACUGCACAUGCCUGGCCUGAGCGACCAUAAUAUUUUGCAUUUCACGUUCGAUUUGUCGCAUGCACCAUCAGCAAAACGGUCCAAGAACAUCAGAGACUACAAUAAGGGUAACUAUCUAGCCAUUAAUAAUGAACUGAGCUCCUUUUUAGACAUUUUCUUACCAGGUUAUCUCGGGCGCUCAGUAGAAACUAAUUGGAGUUUGUUCCGAAAUAAAGUCUCUGAACU